AUGAGGGCGGAAGACGAAAACGACAGCCUCAGCGGAGAAAAGGAAGACGACGUACAAAAGUCCACAUGUGCAGCACCAGGGCAACAACCGCAGCUUCUGAACAACCCUAAAAAUGAACUUCAACUCCGGAAGCUUCAAGUCCAGCGGAAGGCAGCCAAACCUGCUCUUGGUGCUUUUCCGCUGCGUCAAACAAAAAUUCCCCAAGUCGUUGGGCCGCUAAUGCCGAAAACCUUAGGCAAUGAGACGAAGGGCGACGCAAAAGCUCCUGGACAGGUCAGAAGCGAAGUGAAAAAUCCUGAACGACGGGGGAGAAAAAAAGUUAUGUCCAGUGGUAAUGGAAAGGCAGCAGCAGAAGCGAAAACCGGAAAAGAAAGCAAAAUGAAUAACCUAAAAAAAGAUCAGAAAGGUGAGGCCCUAGAAGGGAAGAAAAUCAAAGCUGAACGGCAAAAUAAGCUAUUGAAACAAGAAGGUAAAAACAAGAAAAGCGAGGCUAAAAAGAAAGAAGGUGGCCUCCUUAAAGAAAAACAUGGAACAAAAGUAGGAACAAAAAAUGAAAAGAUUGCCGAAAAGGGACAAGGAAAAAAGAUAGGAAAGGAGUCAGGAAAGAAAGAAGUAAAUGAAAACGAAAUGGGUAAAAAAAAUGACGGAAAAAAGAAAGUAAAGAAGGGAGGAAAGGGUGAAGAAACUGUCGGAAUAGGAAAGGGAUCUCCUUUGUCAAAAAAGAAAGGAAUGAACGAUGCAACAAUGAAAAUAACAAAGCGGGAAAAGAGAGAAGCAAAAAUGAAAGGAAAAGCAGAGAAAACGGUGGAAAAUGAUACGAAGAAACCCAAGGACAAAAGUGAAUCAGGAAAGUCAACAAGUGAAGACCGAGGGAACAAAGAACAGCCGAAGAAAGGAGGUGAAGAUAGCGGCGUACAGGCAAAAUUUUCAAUGAAAGGCCUGGGCAAAUCAGCACCGCCGUCAGCAGGCGAAAAGAAUGGGAAGAAAUCUGAACCUAACAAGCCUGAGUCAGAACCAGCGAAGUCUCCGUCAUCCGCAGCAAUAUCGAAGAAUGCAGCAGGCAUGCCUGUUCCGGGAGGGAGAUUGGCGAUGCGAAAGCCAGCCGGGCCAGGGGCAAGAGUUCAGAAGCCAAACAAUCCCUCAAGAACGCCAGGAAAAGGAAUGAAGUCGCUGCCAAGGGGAAUGCAGGCAAGGGCUACAAAUACACGGCCAGCAGCACCUCCGGGAGCACAAGGAAGCAUUAAAAACAUGAAAAAGAUACCGGGACUGCCGGGCCACCUAAAAGGAGCCAAGAUGCCAAUGACAAAAGGGAUGCAGGCAAAAUCUGCAGGCUUAGCAGCACCUCCGGGGGCACUAGGAAACAAUAAGAAGAUGCUAACGAUGAGGGACUACAGAAGAGGGGGCUUGAAGCCAAUGUCAAAGGAAAUGCAGGGUUUGCCGAGUCUUGGACGCGGAAAGAUGGGACCAAUGCUAUCGGGAAAUCAGGCAGCGCCUACGAAACCUGAUUCAUUAUCGGGAGCUCCAGGAAAGUUAAUGAACGCACCAGCAGGGCUGAAUUCGAAACUUAGGAAUGCGAAACCAGCACUGAAUGGAAGAGGAGCGAAAAUGCCUGGGCCCCUGGCAGCGUUGUUACAAAGACUGUGGUUCGGUGUCGAUUAUUUCAUAAUUGCUGUUCUGCCCUCGACGUUUGGCAGUGGCAUAACUUUCGAAAGCAGUACUUCAUGA